AUGGCACCAUUUGAAGCUCUGUAUAGGAGAAAAUGUAAAACACUAUUAUAUUUGUCUGAGCUGAGUGAAUCCAAAAUGAAAUCAAAUGCAGAUCUGAAAAGAAAAGAUAUAGAAUUUGUUGUUGGUGAUUGGGUAUUCUUAAAAGUCUCUCCGUGGAAGAAAGUGUUACUGUUUGGCAAGAAAGGAAAGUUGAGUCCGAGAUUUAUUGGACCGUGUGAAACUGUUGAAAGUAUUGGCCCUAUAACUUAUAGAUUAGCUUUGCUUCCUGAACUUGAGAAAAUCCAUAAUGUGUUCCACGUAUCGAUGCUGAGACGGUACAGAACUGAUCCUUCACAUGUGAUUCCUCAUAGUGCAAUUGUGUUACAACCAAAUUUGACGUAUUCGGAGGAACCAGUGAAAGUUUUAGCUCGGGAAGUCAAAGAAUUGAGGAAUAAACGAGUACCAUUAGUAAAGUCUUGUGGCAUUGGCAUGGUUCAAAAAAAGAUACCUGGGAAAUAG